AAUGAAAGAAUGAAAGUGUCUUCAUGAAAACGAGAGACGACUGACUGGAAGUCUGACCUGAUCACAAGUCUGAAGCUGAAGAUGGAAGCAGGCAGAGGAGUGGGAGAGUGGGGAGAGAGUUCAGCUUCCUAACGGCCUGGUGGAUGAAGCUGUUUGCCAGUCUGGUGGUGGGAGCCCCGAGGCUCCGGUAUCUCCUCCCAGAGGGCAGGAGCAACCUGGAACAUUCUGGAAGUAAAAGUGACUCCGUCAGGGCAACCGGAGGACGGUGGGCCACUAGCUCAUGGACCAGACGUGACGCUCACCAACUCUCAUGCAGCAAGGAUGUUGUCUUGGACAUCUAUGACUCCUUGUGGGUCAACAACCAGGACAUCGCUGAGCAGACCCUGAAGACACCGUUUCUACAGCACAUGCAGUCUGGAGACCUGCAGGCGGACUACUACGUCACGUUCACGAUCCAGGACAUCAACUACCUGGUGAAGGUAACAGACAUGUUGAAGACAAUGAGCGAGAGAGGGGACAUGCCAGACUACAUCCAUGCGUUCAUGAAGGCCAGAUACAAGAGCUACAAGAACUACGCUGAUGACACGCUGAAGCAGUUCAACCUCUGUGGUGUGUCGGAUAUCAAACCGAUCCCAGCCAUGGAGAAGUACCUGAGUGACUACAAAGACAUCAUGGAGAGAGAGGAACCCAUUUACUCCGCCGUCUCCCUCCUUCCCUGUGCCAGGCUCUGGAUCUGGCUCGCCAGUAAACUUGAGGAGAAAAAGCAGAACGCGUACUUCACCUGGAAGAACAACAACAUGCAAGGGCACCCGGAAAAAGAAUACAGGAAGCUGCUCGACGACCACCUGAAGACUCCGCAGCAGGUGGAGCUGGCACACAAAAUCUUCCGCCGGCAGAUGCAGAAUGAGCAUGAUUUCUUUGCAGCCUCAUUCCAGGAGAAGCAGAAAUAAAAUGGUUUUGCACUGUGGUCUCCUUCACUGUCAGUUUAAAAAUGAUCUUGAUAUUUUUGACUCCAAAGCCUUUUACUUACAUGAUCAUCAAAUUUUGAUUUGAAUUGAAUAAAUC